AUGGAAUAUCUCAUAUUCUCACCUAUACCCUCCGCACUUCCUCCUGCUCAUAUUAGUCCCGUAACAAAUGGCUUAGCGACGCAGGCAAUAACUCGUUUCGCAAAUGGAUUAAGUGGUAUGCAGGUAAAAUGGUUAUCCUUUGUCGACGAACAUUUUGAACAAGAUGGUAGAUUUCAGCUUUUGAUAGGUGGAGAUGUCCUGAAAUGUUAUGAUAUUCUCGCUUCAACCUUGCCACGAUUCUUCAUUAUCCUCUUUGAAUGCGAUAUGUCCACUCAGAAACUCAACCUUUUCGAUGUAUCCGAAUCGACCGACGGCUUCGCUGUACAAAGCGAUCAUGUAGAAUGGCAAUGUGGAGAUUCAACUUGGAAAGGUAUUUUAUCAGCGGAUUUAGCACCAAGUCUGAAAUUGGAUAAACUGGAAAUGAUAAUUGAGAUUGUCGGUGAGAAAGGAUUGCCGGACUCCGUGACAAGAGUGUUAGAGACGGCUCAGUAUAUGGAGUGCGUGGUCGAAGUCAUGGAUGUGGUAGAGAAUAAUCACAUGGAUCCACUCGAGAUGUUGAAACAGCUCAUGUAA